AUGGCUUCCUCCACUCUCUCCCCUGCUACUCCAUCACAGCUAUGCUCUAGCAAGAGUGGCAUGUUCUCUCCUACGCAUGCAGUGUUUUUGAAACCAACAAGGACAAAUAUGGUGGCAAAGGAGAAAGGAAUGAGAAUUGCAUGCCAGGCUACUAGUAUUGCCGAUGAUAGAGUGCCUGACAUGGGCAAGAGAGAGCUUAUGAAUUUGCUUCUUUUGGGUGCUAUUUCCCUCCCCACUGCUGGCAUGUUGCUUCCUUAUACUUAUUUCUUUGUCCCUCCUGGGCUAGGAGGUGGUAGUGGUGGUACCGUUGCCAAGGAUGCCCUUGGAAACGAUAUCAUUGCAGACCAAUGGCUUAAGACUCAUGGCCCGGGAGACCGAACCCUUUCUCAAGGAUUAAAGGGAGAUCCAACGUACCUUGUUGUGGAGAAAGACAAAACUCUUGCAACAUAUGCAAUCAAUGCCGUGUGCACCCACCUUGGUUGUGUUGUGCCAUUUAAUAGAGCUGAGAACAAGUUCAUCUGCCCCUGCCAUGGAUCCCAGUACAAUGACCAAGGAAGAGUUGUCAGAGGACCUGCUCCUCUGUCAUUGGCAUUGGCUCACUGCGACAUAGAUGACGGCAAGGUGGUCUUUGUUCCAUGGGUCGAAACAGAUUUCAGAACCGGAGAAGAUCCAUGGUGGGCUUAA